UGAUGGCGAUGAGAAUAACAAUGACCGUCGGAUUCGCCAUGGCUGAUCUGAUGGCUCUGGUCUGGCCUCUCCGAUCUGCUUUAGAAGGCUUUUAAGCAGCUGGGCUAGCUGAUGAGCGGUGGAGUGUGGAAAGAGAGUCGAGUCUUCCCGGUUGUGGGCCAUGUGAAGUGUGGGGUCCACAGGUGCCGACUCAUUUUUCUUCUAUUGAUUUUGCAGCGAAAAUACGAGAACCCAGGAGCCAAGUCUGAAGUUCAAAAUAUCCUCUUGCAGCAUCAAGCAUCUCUGCUGUUUGUAUUACAGCAUGCAAGCCAGCCCUAUAGAAGUGAUUUCUACCUUCAAAGGUAUGGAAAAGAUCAUAUCAGCUUAACAACAUGGCACGAGCCACUGAUCUUCUUGCGAUUGCGCUUAUCGUUUUUCCUAGCAUGGUUUUGGCAACAGAGUAUGUUGUUGGAGAUGAUGAAGGCUGGAAUUCUGGAGUCGAUUACUAUGCUUGGCUUGAUGGCAAAACUUUCUAUGUUGGAGAUGUGUUAGGUAAUUAACUGAUUACUUAGCGUGCAGAUGCAACAACUUGCUGCCUUCUCCUUGCGGCAUUCAACUAGAAAAAUAAUCAUCAUAAAAUUCCUUGGUUGCUGUACGAACUUCUUUGCUGCAUUGAUUGAUCAUCGUUUUUCUUUUCUUGAAACUUAAAUUUUUUCCUUGGUUUGGUUCUGUUCUUACU